AUGUCGCCCUCUCGAACACUCCCAAACUUUUCGCUGGCCGAGCUUGCCUCUCACAAUACUACGAAGAGUUGCUAUGUAACAAUGGGGACUCGCGUCUUUGAUGUCACGGACUUCAUAGAAAGUCAUCCAGGCGGUGAAGAUCUGGUGUUGGAGUAUGGAGGAAUGGACGUCACUGAUAUAUUGAAGGACGAGGUAUCUCAUACGCACUCCCAAGCCGCGUAUGAAAUACUGGAGGAUUCCCUCGUUGGAUUCUUGGCCACUGAGAAAGUGAUCGGCGCUGCCGCUGGGAGUACCCAUCCAGACAAUAUCCUGCCUCUUCCAGCCACAGAAGAGGGAGCAAAAGAAUUGAAGCAGAAUGGAGUCGUCAAUCGGGUCCCAGUCUUCGCGAGCACUGGCAUGUCUUCUGAAGAGGACCUUGUUAAGGAGACAGACCUUGUUACCGAUUACAAAGCCCACAAAUUCCUCGACUUGAACAAACCAUUGCUUAUGCAAAUGUGGUUUGGUGGAUUUAGCAAGGAUUUCUAUCUUGAACAAGUUCAUCGGCCACGCCACUACAAAGGGGGAGCCUCCGCUCCAUUGUUUGGAAAUUUCCUCGAACCCUUGACCAAAACAGCUUGGUGGGUUGUCCCCACGAUAUGGCUACCACUAGUUGCAUAUGGCACAUAUAUUGCGAGGGCUGGUUGCUCUAGUUUGUUGGAAGAGGGAGCUUACUGGUUCCUUGGUCUUUUUCUCUGGACUUUAGUGGAAUAUAUCCUACACAGAUUCCUCUUCCAUCUAGACAAAUAUCUACCAGAUAAUAGAGUUGCCCUGACUCUCCAUUUCUUACUCCACGGGAUACAUCACUACCUUCCCAUGGAUAAACUCAGACUGGUGAUGCCGCCCACCCUGUUCCUCGCCCUUGCGACGCCAUUUUGGAAGCUUGCCCAUUUCGUAUUCUUCUGGAACUGGUCAAUUGCAACAUCUGUGUUCUGUGGUGGUAUCUUUGGGUACAUCUGCUAUGACCUGACCCAUUACUUUUUACACCACAAGAACCUGCCUUCUUACUGGAGAGAGCUGAAAAAGUACCAUCUGCAACAUCACUUUAUGGACUAUGAGAAUGGAUUUGGCGUAACAAGUCGAUUCUGGGACGGGGUAUUUGGCACCGAGAUUGCGCCACCUCCUGUCAAGACCUUAUAG